AUGGAGAAAGUUCAUGUGGUUUGCAUCCCAUACCCACUCCAGAGUCACAUCAGUGCCAUGAUGAAGCUAGCAAAAAUUCUUCAUUUCCGAGGUUUUCAUAUAACCUUCGUCAACACAGAAUUCAAUCAUCAACGUAUUUUAAAUUCAAGGGGACCAGAUUCACUAGAAGGCUUACCUGAUUUCAGCUUCGAAAAUUUUUCUGAUGGUCUUCCACCAACAGAUCCGAAUGCUGGCCAGGAUAUCUUAGCUCUUGUCGGUGCAACCCAACAGAAUUGCUUAGAACCUUUCGGAAACCUUAUCAACAAGCUUAAAAACAGUAAUACAUAUUCAAAUGUCCCUCCAGUAAGCUACAUCAUUUCUGAUGCUUGCAUGAGCUUCACUUUACAAGCAGGUAGAGAGCUUGGAAUCCCAGUAAUAUCAUACUGGGCGAUUAGCUUCUGUUUCUUCGGUAGUUUUCUGCACUAUCCUGAAUUCGCCAAAAGAGGACUUGUCCCACUCAAAGAUGAGAGCAUCACCGACGAGUACCUGGAUACCCCAGUCGAGUGGAUACCAGGAAUGAAAGAUAUCCGGAUAAGAGAUCUUCCGAGUUCCUUCUUAAAAACAGAUCCCAAUAAUGCCAUGAUUGAAUUUUCAUUGCAAGUCAUUGGAAGAGCUUAUGAAGCUACAGCAAUGCUCUUCAAUACCUUUGAUGCUCUGGAGAUGGAGGUUUUGACUGCAUUCAAGUCUCAGUUGUCCCUGCCCCCUAUUUACACCAUUGGUCCUCUUCCGCUACUCCUCAAUCAGAUCUCGAAAAAUGAGUUGCAGUCGCUUGGAUCUAAUAUGUGGAAAGAAGAUACCAAGUGUCUAAAAUGGCUUGAUUCAAAAGAACCCAACUCAGUCAUACCUGACCUGGUAGCUGGUGAGUCAGCGAUGCUGCCACCCGAGUUCGUGGAAGAAACAAAAGAAAGAGGGCUUCUAACAAGUUGGUGCCCACAAGAAGAUGUCCUGAACCACCCAUCGAUAGCUGGAUUCUUGACACACUCUGGGUGGAACUCAACCCUCGAAAGUUUGUCUAGUGGGGUUCCUAUAAUUUGUUGGCCUUUUCAUGGGGACCAACAGACAAAUUCUAGGUACUCAUGUAAGAAUUGGGGAGUUGGCAUUGAGAUCGAUAGCGCUGUUCAGAGAAAUAAAGUUGAAAAAUCAGUGAGACAAGUAAUGGAAAGCAAAAAGGGUAAGAAAAUGAAAACCAAAGCUUUAGAGUGGAAGAAAAAAGCUGAAGAAGCCACUUUACUUGGUGGCUCUUCGUACGUUAAUAUCAAUAAGAUUGUAAACACUGUACUUGUUAGCAGAAAUAAGGAUGAGCAACAAGCAGCCUAA